AUGCCCGGCUCACAAAACACGAUCACCCUUCCCAAGGGACCAAUCCCACCAAGCUACUGGACCGACGAUCGUGGGCACAUUCUCAUCACUGUAGGGAUCGUGUUCAUGGUCAUAGAAAUCGUCGCCUUCGGUCUGCGCAUGUUCGCAUGUCGAUUGAGACGUGCCAAGUUUAGCUGGGAUGAUGUCCUUGUCAUCUCCGCGUUGCUUUCCAACCUCGCCAUGGUGGCCAUGAUGAUUGCAUCAGUAUACCUCGCCGGAAUAGGCCAGCAUACGCUUGCGGCUUUCAUGCACGCCAAAGAUAUGAAGUUCCUCGGCCAGAUUGGGUUAAUCAUCGUGCCCGUUCUAUACGCCGCGGCCAACACCACGUCGAAAGCGAUCAUCCUACGCCUGUUCCUCCGCAUCUUCACCACACCCGGUCUGACGCGUUGGACUACGUAUCUAGUUCUCGCCGUUAUCACACUACAUGCCACUGUUGCCACUUUCUUGCUCAUCUUCCAAUGCUCGCCAAUCGCGGCGACGUGGGACACGCUUGUGCGAGGGAAGUGUCUCGACACUGCUGCGUUGUUCAAGUGGUCUUGCCUUCCGAACGUCAUCACGGAUCUGGUCAUGCUGGUGUUGCCAAUGCCGAAGAUCUGGACGCUGAAAGCCUCAUGGAGGAUGAAGUUCGGUAUAACGCUCAUGCUACUCCUGGCAACGAUUGGCAUCGUCGCAUCCACCAUCCGCGCAGUUGAGUUCUUCCACGACUCGGACAAGAUGUUCGGGGACCCCGCAUGGUACAUGCUCGAUCUCAUGACGUACACGAUUGCAGAACCAGGGACGCUCUUCCUCGCGGCAUGCUUCUCAACGUACAAGCCACUCGGGAGAUUUUUUACUGGCCAGAAGAUGCGCUCAUUGCUGUCGCGCUUUCGUGUUGUGUCACCGCGGUAUGCGACGCGCCUGGAGUCCCCGGACUUUCGACCAGACGAUUCGAAAGAGAGGAAGCAGGGGGCUGGAAAGCCGGUGCGCGGGUUUGACUCAUUUAUCUUGUCGGAAAUUGAGAGGGAGGAGUCAACGCAUGGGUCUGCAAGAAGCGAGCGGGUCGUCUAA